CACCUGUGCAUUGGUGGGAGAGCUAGCUAGGUAGCAUUACUUAAGCGAAGACAACAUCAACAGCUAGCUAGCUAGCGUUGAGUGAAUAUCAAGAGGCACAUAUGGCGAUGUUGAUGGAGAAAUGGGCGGGGUUGGGUUCCAUGGUGGCCAGCAUCCUCUUCCUGUGGUCCAUGGUGCAGAACCACAUCCCUGAAACCCUCCGCCUCUACCUCACUACAAGUGCAACCAAGCUCACCUCCUACUUCAACCCUUACCUCACCAUCACCGUCUCCGAGUACAUCGGCGGGCGCUUCAAGCGCGACGACCUCUUCCUCGCCGUCGAGUCCUACCUCAGCGAUGCAUGUGCCCGCCGCGCGCGCAAGCUCAAGGCCGAGCUUGCCAAGGACAGCAAGAACCUUCGGGUCUCCGUCGACGACCACGAGGAGGUCACCGACGAAUUCGCAGGCGCCAUGCUCUGGUGGUACGCCUCCAAGCAACAGUCCAGGGGCGGCGUCAUCAGUUUCUACCCUGGUGAGGAAGACAGGCGCUUCUACCGGGUCGUCUUCCACCGCCACCAUCGUGAUCUUGUCAUCCACUCCUACCUUCCUUUUGUCCUCGCCGAGGGACGUGCCGUCACCGUCAAAAACCGCCAGCGUCGCCUCUUCACCAACAACUCUAGUGGCAGAUGGAGCCCCUACCGGCGCAAGAGCGUCUGGAGCCACGUCAAGUUUGAACACCCGGCGACCUUCGACACUCUCGCCAUGGACACCGACCAGAAGGAGUCCAUCAUCAGUGAUCUCAUGGCUUUCCAGGAGGGCAAGGAAUACUAUGCCAAGGUCGGCAAGGCAUGGAAGCGUGGAUACCUCCUCUAUGGCCCACCAGGCACCGGCAAGUCCACCAUGAUCGCUGCCAUGGCCAACUUCCUUGACUAUGAUGUCUACGACCUCGAGCUCACCGCCAUCAAGAACAACACCGAGCUGAGGAAACUCUUCAUCGAGACCACUGGCAAGUCCAUCAUCGUCAUCGAGGACAUUGACUGCUCCAUUGACCUCACCGGGAAGCGCCACAAGGACAAGAAAGGCGCCAAGGAGUCUGAUGAGGACGAAAAACCCAAGUUGCCGACAGACCCGGAGAAGGAUGAAGCCAGCAAGGUGACGCUCUCGGGACUUCUCAACUUCAUUGAUGGGUUGUGGUCCUCAUGCGGCGGUGAGCGAAUCAUCAUCUUCACGACCAACCACAGGGAGAAACUGGACCCUGCGCUGAUCCGGCAUGGUAGGAUGGACAAGCACAUCGAGAUGUCCUACUGUCGCUUCGAGGGCUUCAAGGUACUAUGCAAGAAUUACUUAGACGUCGUUGAGCACGAGCUGUUCAACGAGAUCCGACAGCUGCUCGAGGAAACCGACAUGUCGCCCGCAGAUGUGGCGGAGAAUCUGAUGCCGAUGUCCAAGAAGAAGAAGAGAGACCCCGACGUGUGCUUGGUAGGCCUUGUCGAGGCGCUAAAGAAGGCCAAGGAGGAUGCGGUGGUGGCCAAGGCCAAGGAGGAAGAGGAGGCUGAAGCAAAGAAAACCAAGGAGAAACAUGAGGAAGAGCUGAAGGAUGCCAAGGAGAAGGACGAAAGGAACGACAAAACUGUUUCCGUUUAAUCUGGCCGCACCUACUAUCCUUUCCUGUUUUCAAUAAGCUUUGUGUGAAUUGUGGCGAGCUCAGCGCUAUGUUUCUUUACUUACGGAAUAAAAAUGAAGUAAGAAAAGACGCAUAGUUACGCGUCGCAAAAAUAAAUAAAACGCCUUGUCUCCUUGGCACAAAGAUCUUUGUGUUCAUCCAAUUCAUCGUGUGUGUAGCU